UGAUCCACAUGGACACAUGUAAAAUGAGUGCAUUCUUUAAGAGAUGCUGUAACUAUUACAAAAUCAGUACACAAACAGUGGCUUACCUUUAGCUCAUUAGUUGGCUGGGGUGAUCUUCAGCCCUAGUAAGGAGGGGAUGGAGAAAGAGAUUUAGAAUAAAGCCGCUUUCCAUAACCUUGCUAAAUCUUCUGUUGUUGUCUUUGCGCUUUGUGAAAUCGGGAGUUUGACAUUGUAGAACUUAGGUCCCUUAGAUAAUACCCACCAUUGCUGAUCUAGCUAGUUUCCAAUCUCAUAAUCCAGGUAUAAUAUUCUGACUCUGGAUUCGUGGUUGGAAACUUGGCCCCUAAGUAUCAAAAUCUCAUUUUUAGAUCCACUACAAAUUGCCAUCCUAGCUCCUAAAGGACUAGUAGUUCUCUUUGCAGAAGAAAAGAAAAUCAUUGUCUGGACUAUGCAGCUCUCCACAUUGGGUUAGACCUGGUCUUUGCUACUCCUGGAACAUUCUCUACCUAUCUACUGGUCAGACAUUUUGAACACUGCCAGGACAGUUUCAUUAUCACACUCCUACAGACAUGAGCUCUCCCAAGGCUCCAAAGGUGAUCUCUCUCUCGGAAAUUUCAGUGAAGAAUGUUGUGCCCACCCAAAGUUGUGUUAUCUACAAGAAGACCUCCCAUGACAAAGCGGUCACCAUCUACUUAGGGAAGCGAGAUUACAUUGACCAUGUAGACACUGUGGAACCUGUGGAUGGUGUGGUAUUGGUGGACCCUGAUAUUGUCAAGAAGAAAAAAGUGUAUGUGAUGCUCACUUGUGCUUUUCGUUAUGGACAAGAAGAUAUCGAUAUAAUAGGGCUGACCUUUCGAAAGGACCUGUAUGUUUGUAGGGUACAGGUGUACCCUGCACUAGAAAAACAAGGACCACUAUCCAGUUUGCAGGAAUGUCUAAUUAAUAAACUUGGGGGAAAUGCCUAUCCCUUCUUGUUAACUUUUCCAGACUACCUGCCCUGCUCAGUCUGCUUGCAGCCAGCACCCCGUGAUGUUGGGAAGUGCUGUGGGGUGGAUUUUGAAGUCAAAGCUUUCUCUGCAGAAGAUCCAGAAGAGACAGUUCUCAAGAGGAAUUCUGUACGCCUGCUGAUCCGCAAAAUCCAGCAUGCCCCAGAGGUGUCAGGACCCCAGCCUCAUGCAGAGUCUACCUGGCAGUUUUUUCUGUCAAAGAGGCCCUUGCAACUGAAAGCAAGCCUCAGCAAAGAGGUGUUUUACCACGGUGAGGCAAUCCCUGUCACAGUGACUGUGAUUAACAAUACUGAAAAAGUGGUUAAGAAGAUCAGUGUAUCAGUGGAGCAGGUUGCCAACGUGGUAUUGUACUGUAGUGAUUUCUACACCAAGACUGUGGCUCUGGAAGAAGUAGAGGAAAAGAUACAAACAAACAGCAUUGUCACGAAGACAAUAACAGUUCUGCCCUUGCUGGCAAAUAAUCGAGUGAAACGGGGCAUAGCACUGGAUGGAAAGCUAAAGGAUGAAGACACUAAUUUGGCUUCCAGUACUAUUAUCAAAGACGGAACAGAUAAGACUGUUCUGGGGAUCCUAGUUGCCUACAAGAUAAAGGUGAAGCUCACUAUCUCUGGCUUGCUAGGAGAUUUCAUCAACAGCGAGGUGAGCAUGGAACUGCCAUUCCGUCUCAUGCACCCCAAACCAGUUGAUAUCAGUACAGCAGUGACCUCAUGUUUCAGGAGUUUGCAAGUCAGCAACAGAAAGAUGAGAACUCUGAAGAGGACAAUAAGGCAGGAUCUCCAAAUGAUGAAUGAAAGAGAAAGGGGGGCUUGUCAAGAUCAAAAGUGUUAUAAGAAUAAUUGUAUUAAAAGAGUAUUGAAAUAAUUUGUAUUGUAUUAAACAAAGCAUUGCAAUGUGUUAAUAUGACCAGCAGGUGGCAUUUGCAGAACUAGUAACUUGCAGUACCUCCUUUUUACUCUUCAUUGAUUUCUCAGAGCAAUCCACUGGCCUAGCAAGUGUGAACCCCCAUUAGUCAAAAUAAUGGUGUUUUUCAUCAUGGUGGCAAUUUUCCAGAUUCUGAUUUACAGGAGUUUCAUUUUCACAUCCCAGUAAAAGCAACAGAAUGUUGACAGUUGGUGGAGGAAAUUAAGAGUAUAAACGACAGCCAGAAAAGAUAGCCGGAGCAAGGAACAAAGAAUAACAGGGGAGUACCAUUAGAUAAGAGAAAAAAUGCUGUGGGGUUUGUGAGAGAUAUAUUUAUUUAUUUUUUUACUCUAUGUUGAUAUGAUUCUAUAAUUGCUUAUGUUCUGGUAUAUUUAUUACAUAGUUGGUUAAGAUACAUAUAAAUGUGACUUCACUGAGUUAAAUUUUUCCUGAUUUAGUUAAUACACUUUUGUAAUACAGUAAGACAAUCAUAUCUACGGGAUCAGUACUUAUCCACUACCUGAAAAUAUUAUUUAUUAUUUAUUUAUUUGAUUUAUCCCCCGCCUAUCUAGUCUA